AUGUUCGACAACAUUGACUUCACUCAACCCACCUUGUGGGUCUCAGCUGCUAGCAUUGCGUUCAACCCCACGUUUUGGAAUAUUGCUGCGCAAUCAGAGUACCACAACAAGGUCAUCACCAAGCUCUUCGGCGGCAACGGUCGAUACGGCUGCUACGCGCUCGCCGUCACCAUCUUUUCGCUCGGUAUCUUCAGGGACUACCUCUACAACGAAGCCCUUGCCGACCAACCCACAUCGCCCCUCCUCCAGAACCCACUCGUCAAAUACUCCGCCAUCCCCCUCUUCCUCACCGGCAACACCCUCGUCCUGACCUCGAUGUGGGCGCUCGGCGUCACGGGUACCUAUCUGGGCGACUACUUCGGCAUCCUGAUGGACGCCCCGGUCACCUCGUUCCCGUUCAACGUAUCCGACGCACCGAUGUACCACGGUUCGACGCUCAGCUUCCUUGCGACUGCGCUGUGGUACGGAAAGCCUGCUGGCCUGUUCUUGACUGGUAUUGUUGCUGUCGCGUACAGCAUUGCGAGGCAGUUCGAGGACCCCUUCACAGGCAUGAUCUACAAGAAGAGGGAUGAGAAGAGGGCUAAGGGCAAGAAGGGCUUGUAA